AAGGGGGGGCCGCCAUUACGCGGAGCGGAGCGGAGCGCUGCAGGCCGCGCGUCCCGGUUAGUUGUGCCGCCACCGUUAGGCGGGCCCGGGCCCUGCGGGUCCCGAGCGCGGCGGGGCCCUGCCCGGCCCCUCGGCCCGGCCCCACCCGGCGGACAGCGCCGCCGCCAUGGAGGAGAAGGGUUUCGCCAAAGAGCUGGACCAGUGGAUCGAGCAGCUGAACGAGUGCCGGCAGCUGAGCGAGAGCCAGGUCCGCAGCCUCUGCGAGAAGUUCUCUCAGCAGCGAAACACGUGUUCUGAUGCCUGUUCACGGCAGCACGUUUUGGCCAGUGAUUAAACAUCUCGAUGCCAUCUUCAGAAGAUGCAGCUAUUUGCUUCUGUCGGAUCCUCGGUAGACUGCCGCAGCGAUAAGAUUUGAUCCGUAGAGAGGGUCAGCGCUGCGACCUCAUAACGUGCCGGGGUGCUCAUCGGAAAGGCUAAAGAAAUUCUUACGAAAGAAUCGAAUGUGCAAGAGGUACGUUGCCCCGUCACCGUCUGCGGGGAUGUCCACGGUCAAUUCCACGACCUUAUGGAACUCUUUAGAAUUGGUGGGAAAUCGCCAGACACAAAUUACCUGUUCAUGGGAGACUACGUGGACAGAGGCUAUUACUCGGUGGAGACGGUGACUCUUCUAGUAGCGUUGAAGGUGCGUUACCCGGAACGCAUCACAAUACUGAGGGGCAAUCACGAAAGCAGACAAAUUACACAAGUGUACGGCUUUUAUGACGAAUGUCUGCGAAAGUAUGGCAAUGCCAACGUCUGGAAGUAUUUCACAGAUCUGUUUGAUUAUCUUCCGCUUACAGCUCUAGUAGAUGGCCAGAUAUUCUGUCUCCAUGGUGGUCUGUCUCCAUCCAUAGAUACACUGGAUCAUAUCAGGGCUCUGGACCGCCUGCAGGAAGUUCCACACGAGGGUCCUAUGUGUGAUCUGUUGUGGUCAGAUCCGGAUGAUCGUGGCGGCUGGGGUAUAUCUCCACGUGGUGCCGGCUACACGUUUGGGCAAGAUAUUUCCGAAACAUUUAACCACGCCAAUGGUCUGACACUGGUUUCCCGUGCUCACCAACUUGUCAUGGAGGGUUAUAACUGGUGCCACGACCGAAAUGUGGUGACCAUUUUCAGUGCGCCCAAUUACUGUUACCGUUGUGGGAACCAGGCUGCUAUCAUGGAACUAGACGACACUUUAAAAUAUUCCUUCCUCCAGUUUGACCCAGCACCUCGUCGUGGAGAGCCUCAUGUUACCCGUCGUACCCCAGACUACUUCCUAUAAACCUCUCCUAACCUUUGUAGAAGGAAGUACACCUGGCAUUUUAAAGAGCAACAAUAUUUACACGUUUCUGUAAGAAAUCGGGGUUCGUCUCAACUUAAAAUCCCCACCAUGGACCAAAAUGUGCCAUACAGAGGACGAAGAGCGUUUAGCACAACUUGAGACUGAAUUCCUUACGACACUAUAUAUAUCCUAUCCCCCUCAGUCCAACAGUCAGUUUGCCUGCUGUAUUUGUAGCCAUUGUUUUUCUUCUGGACUGUUCAGAGAGGAAAAGAUAACUCUAAUAACACUUCCAUCUCCUUUGAUGCUUCUGUGUAAAUUUUUAGUUCUAGUGUUUAACUGGCAUGAAUUAGAGUUUAUUUUCGAGGGAAAUGCACACUAACUUCUUCCCCCACCACACUUUAUUUUAUUGCAAGACCGCUCGACUUAACUGGAGAAAGGAAACGAUUCCUGCUUGGGAGUACGAUGUCAUAACACAGAUAAAAGCGUUCCCUUUUUAGCUCGAUUCCUGUUCUGUGUUGCUCCUACUUUGUUUUUUUUUUGUUUUGUUUUGUUUGUUCGUUUAUUUGUUUUCUUUUGUUAUUUCCCCUCUUCCCCUCUGUAUAUUUGUCCUGGAAGCGCUUGCAAUCCUCCUGGCUGUACCUGAACCAAUAAACUCGCCAUUGUCAGCCCCAA